UCAACGUCACAUUAUUGAACCAUCGAAUGAAUUGUUUGAUGGAAGGUAAUAGCAGGGGAGGUGAUCAACCGGACGCCAUUGAAAUGUUUGAAGCUCAAGUUCAUAUUCUGAAGCACGCUUACAACUACAUAAAUUCCGUGGUCCUUGCCGCUGCAAUUCAGCUAAAUAUUCCAGACGUAAUUCACAGUCAUGGAAAACCAAUCACCAUUCCGGAGUUGGUUUCUGCGCUCAAACUCCCUCCUCACAAAUCAAACGCCGUUUAUCGCAUUAUGCGCCUCUUAACUCAUAACGGGUUCUUUGAUUCAACAAAGCAUAAUGAAGAAGAAGAAGAAGAAGAAGAUGGGUAUGUUCUCACAGCUUCUUCAAGGCUACUCCUCAAAACUCAGAUUCCAAAUCUAUCCCCUUACGCCCAUUUCACGGUUGAUCCGGUCAUGGUAGCGCCAUGGCAGGUUUUGGGGGACUGGUUUUCAAGAAAUGAGGAGUCCAAUGCGUUUGAGACCGCGCACGGGGCUCCUAUGUGGGAGUUUUGCGACACCAAUUCACGGUUCAACAACCUUUUCAAUGAGGCAAUGGCUAGCGAUUCCCAGAUGAUGAGGUUAGUUGCGAAAGAUUGUGGGCAAGUGUUUGAAGGGUUGAGUACGUUGGUAGAUGUGGGAGGCGGCACCGGAACCAUCGCUAAGCUCAUCUUGGAGGCAUUUCCGAGGUUGAAAUGCACAGUGCUUGAUCUCCCGCAUGUUGUUGCAAAACAACCCGAUUGCGAAAAUCUGCAAUUUCUUGGUGGCGACAUGUUUCAAUCAAUUCCUUCUGCUGAUGCUAUCAUGCUCAAGCAUAUUAUGCAUAACUGAGUGAAGAUACUAAAGAAAUGCAGAGAAGCCAUUUCAGACAAUAAGAAUGAUGGACUUAAGGGGAAGGUCAUCAUCAUCGACAUAGUUUUGGGCGCAGAGAAAGAUAAUGAAGCAGACAUAACUGAAGUGAAGCUGAUGUUUGAUGUUCUGAUGAUGGUUCUCCUUACUGGGAAGGAACGAACAGAGAAGGAAUGGGAAAGACUGUUCAUUGAAUCUGGGUUCACUCACUACAAGAUAACUCCAAUUUUUGGCCUCAGGUCCCUCAUUGAGGUGUUUCCUUAGUAUCCACUUUUCAUGAGCGCCAUGAACACUAUCAUGUUUCAAUUCUUAUUAUUGCUCUCUCAUCAAUCUUCUAUGUUUUGUUUCCUGCUACUGCCUGCUGUUUUGUCAGAAUAACA